AUGAGGUGCAAUGAAAUGUUGCAUAGUAACCAUAUCGUGGCAUUGAAAGUGCUUUUCAAGAGCCAGCUCAAACAAUCUCAAGUUGAGCAUCAACUGCGACGUGAAGUUGAGAUACAAAGCCACCUCCGACAUCCAAACAUAUUACGCCUAUAUGGUUACUUCUAUGAUCAGACUCGAGUUUACUUGAUACUGGAAUAUGCAGCUAAAGGUGAACUCUACAAGGAACUACAGAAGUCCAAAUGCUUCAGUGAGAGGCGAACUGCUACAAAGUCUAUGGCAGCCGCUUUUGCUGAGGGUGGCCUCGAUCCCAUACUUGCCUACACUGCCGGAGUAGAGAUCGAACAGCUGCAGUGGUCUUCCUCCCAGCCCGACUGGGUUGCCAUUGCCUACUCCACUAAGCUUCAGAUUCUGAGAGUUUAA